UUUCUUCCUUGUUCUCUAAAAUGGCUAAAAUGGGCGCAGCCUUAGAGAGGCUCGGCGUACAGCCGGAGUGCCCUCUGUGCCACCGAGAAUGCCGGCAGCCGACCACUCUGAGAUGUGGGCACCUCUUCUGUCAGGGCUGCAUCCAGGAGGUGUGGAGCACCUCUCAGACUGGCCCUUACUACUGCCCUGAGUGCAGGGCAGAGUACAGGAAACUGCCAGCCCUGGGAGGAGAGAGAGAGCAGCCCUCGGCGCCUGCCACAGAGGCAGAGAGGCCCUCCACCAGCAGCACUGUGCCCUGCAACUACUGCAUCACCUCCAGCCGGCCGGCCGUGAAGACCUGCCUGGUGUGUGGAGCCUCCAUGUGCGCGGAGCACCUGAAAAUCCACCUGGAGGUGGCGGUGUUCCAGGGCCACCCCCUGGUGCAGCCCACGGCCGACAUCUCUCUGUGGAAGUGCGUGGAGCACCAGGAGAUGCUGAAGAUCUACUGCCGGGAGUGCGAGGAGUGCAUCUGCACCAUGUGCACGCUCGUCGGCGCGCACAAGGGCCACCAGUGCGUCGGCGUGGGCGAGGCUGAGCAGGAGCUCAGGGGGAAAUUGAAAGAAGGGAUGAUUAAAAUACAGGAAAAUGUUCAGAUUGUUGAAGACAGACUUACUUUGCUGCAGGAGAAGAAACUGAACAUCCAGUUAGCGGUCAGCCAGGCCAGGGCCCAUGUCCAGCAGCAGUACGAGGCCAUGCGAGCGGCCCUGGACGCAGAGGAGCAGCUGGCCCUGCAGAGCCUGUCCCGGGAGGAGAGCCGGGCUCUAGGCGACAUCGAGGCCCAGCUGGAGCAGCUCCAGGACACACUGCAGCUCACGCAGAAGAACAUGGGCGCGCUGGAGAGCCUGUCCGACACCAGGGGGACGUCUCGGAUCCGAGACCAGGCCUUUGUCCUGGAAUACAGCAAGAUAUCCAAGAGUAUGAGACAGAUGUGCAGCCCAGUGGAGGAGCUGACCCCCCCCAGGGAACUGGACCAAAUGAGGCUGGACAGACUGCAGGAGUGGACUGACAGGAGGCUGGACACUGUGAGCCUCACCACAGGGACCGACAGGGACUCCCUCCGGGUGCUCUACGGGACGGUCCCCUCUCUGAACCCCGACACCGCCUACCCCAAGCUCGCCCUGGCCGACGGGAACAGGGGCGUCUCGUACCGCGAGGAGCCCCAGCCCUACCCCCCGAGCACGGCCCGCUUCAGCAACUUCCCGCAGGUGCUGGGCGCCGAGCCGCGGGAGGGGGGCCGCGCCUACUGGGAGGUGGAGAUCCAGGGGGCCGGGCGCUGGAAGGUGGGCGUGUGCGACGCGCGGAUCGGCCGGAAGGGGACGGAGGACGCGUGCCGGCUGGGGUACAACGCCCACUCCUGGUGCCUGUACGGGGAGCAGGGGCGGCUGGAGGCUCUGCACAACAGGGUGGCCUUUCCCUUGGAGGCCAGCCCCCCCCAGCGAGUCGGGGUGCUCCUGGAUUUCGAGGGGGGCUUGCUCUCCUUCUACAGCGUGGACGAGGGGUCUCUGCUCCCGCUGCACAGCUUCCAGGAGAAAUUCACACAGCCUCUGUACCCAGCGCUGGCAGCCUCCAGAACACAACUUACUUUCUGCAGUUUGUUCCAAUGAGGUGGCUCGCCUUCGCACGGCAGAAAACCGCAGCUGUUCAAGGGGGGGGGGGGGGGACUACCCCCCCCUCUAGCAAUGCAGUCAUGGGUAAAUGACAAUGGGUGGUGGUCACACAUAGGAAUUGGAUUAGCUUUAAACCAGAUUUGCAGUGAACAGAUUUCCUAGUUGAUUUUAUAUUGUGUGGGUAUUUGAUAAGGUCUCUCUCUUGUACAAUGCCAAGUAAGGGGCAAUUGACAACUGCAGAAGUCACUACAUAAGGCUCUUCACUGAAAGCUCAACUUGAAAGCAAGCAUUCUUAGAAGGGCUUGAAGGAAUAGGAGCUUGUCCCUGCAAAUGGAAGUAAAAACCAAGACCGACUGAAGGAAGAUAGCCCCGUUAUUCAUAUUGAACAAACCCUGUUUGAAGGUUUAGCAAUAUAG